CAUGCCGGCCUUAAAUUUAACACGCUCCUUACAAAACCAAAAAAGCUCGUCUCCUCCUCAGAUCUGUCUGUCUCUCUUGUUACUCUCCCUCUAAAAAAAUAAAAAAACGGAGAGAAGAGUAACAAAUCGCUAUACUUAAUUUCGCCAUCGCCAUGGCCAUGGCGAUUAGGUCUUUGCUUAUCUUUUUAUUUAUUCUAUCACUUACUGUCCCUACCUUUUCUCUUCAUGAAGAUCAAGUUGGUCUCAUGGACUGGCAUCAAAAGUACAUAGGGAAAGUGAAACACGCUGUGUUCCAAACACAAAAAACGGGUCGAAAGCGUGUUCUUGUUUCUACUGAAGAGAAUGCUAUUGCUUCUCUUGAUCUCCGGCAUGGCGAGAUUUUUUGGAGGCAUGUUCUUGGGGCCAAUGAUGCUAUCGAUGGAAUCGACAUUGCCAUGACAAAAUAUGCUAUUACCCUUUCAUCAGGAGGAAGCAUUCUACGAGCAUGGAAUCUUCCUGAUGGGCAGAUGGUGUGGGAAUCUUUUCUUCAGGGACCAAUCGACUCUAAGUCAUUCUUGUUUGUGUCGGCAAGCUCGAAAGUUGACAAGGAAAACACAAUCCUUGUUUUUGGUAAAGGAAGUCUCCAUGCUGUUUCAAGCAUACAUGGUGAAAUUGUUUGGAAGAUAGAUUUUCCUUCUGAAUGUUUUGAGGUUCAGGAAGUAAUUCAGCACUAUGAUGGCAAUACGAUAUACGUGGUGGGAUUUGUUGGUUCUUCCCAGUUUGAUGUAUACCAAAUCAAUGCUAAGAAUGGAGAGCUCCUAAAACAUGACAGUGCAGCCUUUGAUGGUGGGUUUUCAGGGGAAGUUUCUCUAGUUUCAAGAGCCAAACUUGUGGUGCUGGAUGCUGCUAGGUCAGCUUUGUUAACAAUAAGUUUUCAGAGCGGAGAAAUCAGCUUUCAGAAAACAUACAUCUCAGAUCUAGUUGAGGAUUUCUCGGGGAUUGCAGUGAUAUUACCUUCAAAACUUACUGGUUUGUUUGCUGUGAAAACCAAUACAGCUACAGCAUUUAUUAGUGUGUCAAGUGAAGGUAAGUUGGAGGUGGUUGACAAAAUCAAGCAUGCAACAGUUAUUAGUAAUGUUCUUUCAAUCUCAGAGGACCAACAGGCGUUUGCACUGGUUCGGCAUGGCAGCAAUGACAUUCACUUUAAUGUGAAGCAAGUUCAUGACUGGAACAGUGAUUUGCUAAAAGAGAGAAUCAAGCUGGACCAGCAAAGAGGGCUUGUCCAUAAGGUUUUCAUUAACAAUUAUGUCCGGACUGAUAAGUCUCAUGGAUUUAGGGCUUUGAUUGUUAUGGAAGAUCAUUCAUUGUUGCUGUUACAACAAGGCGAGGUUGUCUGGAGUAGGGAGGAUGGCCUUGCCUCAAUAAUAGGUGUUACCACAUCAGAACUUCCUGUGGAAAGGGAAGGUGUAUCUGUAGCAAAAGUGGAGCAGAACCUCUUCGAAUGGCUUAAGGGACACAUGCUGAAGGUUAAGGGUACAUUGAUGCUUGCAAGUGCUGAGGAUGUAGCAGCCAUUCAAGGCAUGAGGUUGAAAAGCUCUGAGAAAAGUAAAAUGAUCAGGGACCAUAAUGGAUUCCGAAAGCUGCUCAUUGUUCUCACUAAAUCUGGGAAACUUUUUGCCUUGCACACUGGAGAUGGACGAAUUGUCUGGUCUCUCUUAUUGAACUCUCUACGUCAAACAGAAGCAUGCGAAAAUCCAACUGGGAUUAAUGUUUACCAGUGGCAAGUUCCUCAUCAUCAUGCUAUGGAUGAAAAUCCAUCUGUCCUGGUUGUUGGCAGGUGCAGAACUGGUACUGAUGCACCUGGAAUAUUUUCCUUUGUUGAUACUUACACAGGGAAGGAACUUAAGUCUUUUGGUCUUGAUCAUUCUGUUGCACAAGUAAUUCCACUCCCGCUUACAGAUGCAACUGAACAACGGCUGCAUCUACUAAUAGAUGCUAAUGGACAAGUGCAUUUGUACCCAAGAGCACCUGAGGCUGCUGCCAUUUUUCAACAUGAGUUUUCAAACAUUUACUGGUACUCGGUAGAAGCUGACAAGGGUGUUAUUAAGGGACAUGGAUUGAAGAGCAAUUGUGAUGGUGAAGUUGCAGACAACUAUAGUUUUGGUACCAGAGAAAUAUGGUCCAUUGUUUUCCCCUCAGAAUCAGAAAAGAUCAUUUCAACUGUAACAAGAAAAUCAAAUGAGGUUGUUCAUACUCAAGCAAAGGUUAUAGCUGAUCAAGAUGUGAUGUACAAGUAUAUAUCAAAAAAUUUGCUUUAUGUGGCCACUGUUUCACCAAAAGCCAGUGGAGAUAUUGGAUCAGCCACACCAGGAGAAUCACAGUUGGUUGUCUAUGUUGUUGAUACCGUCACUGGUCGUAUAUUACACCGAAUGACUCAUCAUGGCUCACAGGGUCCUGUCCAUGCAGUUUUUAGUGAAAACUGGAUUGUCUACCACUACUUCAAUCUCAGAGCGCACAGAUAUGAGAUGACAGUUAUUGAAAUUUAUGAUCAGUCCCGGGCAGACAACAAAGAUGUUUUAAAGCUUGUUCUUGGAAAGCACAAUCUCAGUUCACCUAUUUCUUCGUAUUCACGAUCAGAGGUCACAACAAAGUCACAGUCUUACUAUUUCACCCAUUCUAUCAAAGCAAUAACAGUUACAUCAACUGCUAAGGGUAUCACUUCAAAGCAUCUUCUUAUUGGGACAAUUGGUGAUCAGGUAUUGGCAAUGGAUAAGCGUUUCUUUGACCCUCGUAGGUCAGUUAACCCCACACAAUCAGAGAAGGAAGAAGGAAUUUUACCUCUUACAGAUUCAUUGCCUAUCAUUCCUCAGUCAUAUGUUACACACUCCCAUAAAGUGGAGGGGCUACGAGGCAUAGUAACAGUGCCGGCCAAGCUGGAGUCAAACACCCUUGUCUUUACAUAUGGUGUUGAUCUCUUUUUUACUCGCCUUGCACCCUCAAGGACCUAUGAUUCUCUUACAGAGGAUUUUAGCUAUGCCCUGCUGCUCAUAACCAUUGUUGCACUUGUCGUGGCAAUCUUCGUGACCUGGGUCCUGUCCAAGAAGAAAGAUCUAAGUGAUAAAUGGAGGUGAAAUCGUUUCUCCUCUAGUCUGUCUGUACCCAGACAAUUUUCUUUCUUAUUUAUUUUACACCUGAGUUACUUUCACUGGAAUCAGAUUUGUAGAUUCACUCCGAACUUGUAAUGUUAAUUUUGUAGCUUUUCCUUUUUCAAUGGCGUUUUUUGUACUUGCCAUUAUUACAUUUUUGGUCAUCAUGUAAAUUAGACAUUGCUAAGUCAAGGGAAUUGAUAUAUUUGCUGUUCUCUAUACAUGCCGGGUCCGUUCUUGUUA